UAGAAUGAGAGUUGAAAGCACUUCGAAACUAUUCGAGCUCUUCUCUCUUCUCUCUUCUUCUCUUUGUUCUGUCUCUCUCUCUCAAGAAGACUAUACUAAGCAAGUUUUAAUUGGAUGGAAGAAACACAACAACAACAAAAACAAGAACUGACGAAAGAACAGAUAAUGGAGUUUAAAGAAGCUUUUUGUCUCUUCGACAAAGAUGGAGAUGGUUGCAUCACUGCUGAUGAACUUGCUACUGUGAUCCGCUCGUUGGAUCAGAACCCAACCGAACAAGAACUUCAAGAUAUGAUCACUGAGAUCGACUCAGAUGGCAACGGCACCAUCGAAUUCUCUGAGUUUCUCAACCUCAUGGCCAACCAAAUCCAGGAAACUGAUGCAGACGAAGAGCUCAAAGAAGCAUUCAAAGUGUUUGACAAAGACCAAAAUGGUUACAUCUCUGCCAGUGAGUUGAGGCAUGUGAUGAUCAAUCUUGGGGAGAAGCUAACAGAUGAAGAGGUUAAUCAAAUGAUAAAAGAGGCAGAUUUGGACGGUGAUGGCCAAGUCAAUUAUGAUGAAUUUGUCAGGAUGAUGAUGACCAAUGGUUAAAAAAACCUAAAUAAUUCAAUUUUAACAUUGUAUUAUCUUUUUCAUAAAAUUGUUAAUCCUUUUUUCCUCUUCAGAAUAUCGUAUUUCACUUUUCCAGUUAAUUAAACUUGUUUUAUGCUUUCGUA